AUGGCAUUUAGAAAAUCAAAUGUGUAUUUAAGUUUAGUGAAUAGUUAUAUUAUUGAUUCACCACAACCAUCAUCAAUUAAUUAUUGAUGAAAUAUGGGUUCAUUAUUAGGUUUAUGUUUAGUUAUUCAAAUUGUAACAGGUAUUUUUAUGGCUAUGCAUUAUUCAUCUAAUAUUGAAUUAGCUUUUUCAUCUGUUGAACAUAUUAUAAGAGAUGUGCAUAAUGGUUAUAUUUUAAGAUAUUUACAUGCAAAUGGUGCAUCAUUCUUUUUUAUGGUAAUGUUUAUGCAUAUGGCUAAAGGUUUAUAUUAUGGUUCAUAUAGAUCACCAAGAGUACUAUUAUGAAAUGUAGGUGUUAUUAUUUUCAUUUUAACUAUUGCUACAGCUUUUUUAGGUUAUUGUUGUGUUUAUGGACAGAUGUCACAUUGAGGUAAUAUAAAUAUCGCCUCAAAUAUAUUUAAUAUAAUAAAACUAAUUUAUAUAAUAAUGUUAAUAUUAUUAAUUUAUAUUUUUUAUACGAUUAUAAUAAGACAAAUAAUAAAAACUAAAGAAUAUCUUAUAUUAAUUAAGAGUAUAGAUUAUAUUAAUAAAAAUAAAUAUAUAAUUAAUUUAAAUAUAACAAAUAAGAAAGAUAUAAAUAAUAAUAUUGGUCCAUUAAAUAUAAACAUUUUAUCAAUUAUUUAUGGUUCAAUAUUAGGAGAUGGUCAUGCUGAAAAAAGAAAAGGUGGUAAAGGAACAAGAAUUGUAUUUCAACAAGAAUAUUGUAAUAUUAAUUAUUUAUAUUAUUUACAUAGUUUAUUAGCUAAUUUAGGUUAUUGUAAUACUAAUUUACCUUUAAUUAAAACUAGAUUAGGUAAAAAAGGUAAAAUUAGACAAUAUUUAAAAUUUAAUACAUGAACUUAUGAUUCAUUUAAUAUGAUUUAUUCAGAAUGGUAUAUUAAAAAUAUAUCUGGAAAAGGUAAUAUUAAAGUUAUUCCUAAAUCUUUAGACAAUUAUUUAACUCCUUUAGCUUUAGCUAUUUGAAUUAUAGAUGAUGGAUGUAAAUUAGGUAAAGGUUUAAAAUUCACAACUAAUUGUUUUAGUUAUAAAGAUGUUCAAUAUUUACUUUAUUUAUUACAUAAUAAAUAUAAUAUUAAAUCUACUAUUCUUAAAGGCAAUAAAGAAAAUACACAAUUUGUUAUUUAUGUAUGAAAAGAAUCUAUACCUAUUUUAACUAAAAUUGUAUCUCCUUAUAUUAUUCCUAGUAUAAAAUAUAAAUUAGGUAAUUAUUUAUAA